UUCUAUCCACAGCUGUGCAGCUCUGCAGAGCUCAGCAGAUAAUGUCUGCAGAGCCAGAUGCAUGCGUUUGUCAUUGCACGCAGGUGCACCGAUAAGGAUUGAUUGCACUCGAAUGCAUCGUUUUUUAAUGCAUUCAUAUAAACCAGGGACGGAGUCGGAGGUGAAUUGAUAAGAAUAGGAGGUACUGAUUUUAUUUGAUACAGUAUUACUUUAAGGUUAUACUUUUACAGAAGUGACUUUACUUUAAACCAAUCCAUAAAGAUGUGUUAAAUAAAAAUAUACCAUCAAAUGGCAUGUUUUAAAUCUUGAUUUAUCUAGGUAUGUAAAUGUUUUAUUUAUUACAGUAUUGAUAACGCAUUCUUUAUGGAGUAAGGUAUUUAUAUAAUAGAAGGUAAGUAAUUUGUGAGGUGAAGAAUAGCUAAGCUCUUAAUUUACAACAAAAGGCAGUGAAAACUACGGAUUAUUUAUUUAUUAAAAAAAAAAAUGUACACACACACAAUAAAAAAAGAAGACAGGAAAGAAAGAAUUUACAUAAUUUAAUAGACAUGCAAGUAAACAGCUCACCGAUAAUAGUUGUUUCUGUAAAGUCAAUUAUAGAAAAAGCUCUGAUAAGACUACAAAUAAAAAUAUAAAAAUCGGUCAUUUUUGCCAAUAUUUUCCAUCGCAUUAAAACAAAAAGACGACAUGAAUUCCAGCCAUUAAAUUGUCAGUAAAAUCCGUCCCUGUACACCGAAACAAAGAAUCAAAGCGUUCAUUGAUGUGGAACGUCAUAUAAAACCCCAUAGAUUGUAGUUAUUUCACUAUGUGCAUCAUGGAAGUCAAGCUGAUCGUAGUCCUGCUGGUCACGAUGACACUCGUGGUCAACGACCUCGUCUUAGCUGACUUCUUUUUUAACCACCCGCUGCCAAAACAAGAGGAUGUAGGCGGUCAAAAAAUGGUAUGUGUUCCUGGGCGAACCAUAAUCAAGAUAACAGAGAAACGUGUGACAUUAAAUACCGAGCCGGAUAGCAACUCAGAGGAGUUUGAUAUGCGCAAGUCAGCUAGAAGGUGGCACAUGACAACACCUACGAAAGACCAGUCCUGCCAGAUGUGCGUGUGCAACGAUAGUGGAAAGAAAGAGUACUGCAGCAAAAGAUCAGCUGACAGUGUUAACGAAUGUAUCAGGAUCAAAGGCCUGACGGAAGAAUACAAUGCCGGUAUACCGUACUCGCACUCCAGGGCUCUAGCGUACAGGAUCAGACGAGUAAACUCUGGUAACAUACCAACUACGAAAUGUGUCCCUUUCGUUUCGGAGUACACCGACUGUAAUGAAGAUAACGUUUGCUCGGGCUGCAGUAGAUGCACUUGUACGAGUGAGGGUGAAUGGUCCUGUGAGGAAGUCAAGGACUGCCGGGAAGAUGGAGGUGAAGAUGAUGAGGACAUCGAGGAACCUGACGACGGGAUCUUUGAUAACGCUCUCAAGACGCUAGAGACUGAAAUGAACAAGAAGCGUCUGUUGAAUAUAAAGAACUCGCAGCACCCGAGAGUUCCAGCUCCAAAUGUGCUCCAGGAACAAGACGAUCUAUUAGGUUAUUUGGUAGCAAUACCUCGUCAAUGA